UUAAGGAAGACUGCGGAUAAAGAAUGGAAAGGUCCCUCCUGUGUUAAAAGAAGGAUCUAAUUAGUACCCAAAACAGAUGCUUCCUAAAGAAGUGUCUUUGAAGGUUCAGUAAAUAGGGGAAUUCCUUGUGGAUAUGUUUGAUAAAGAAAUAAGGAUCACUAGGGGAAUGGUGUACGGUGUACCAAAGCACUGCAAGAACUUAUGGGUGGGUUGCUGGAAAAUCAUAUGGUUAUGUCACUAGAUUUUGAGGAAAGAGCGGGUUUUUAAAUUGGAAACGAUAGAAGGAUAUAUGUUUUUCUUUUUUGAUCAGUAAAAGUAACAUUUAUAUAAAGUUACCAGCAAGAAGCAAUUGCUGUGUGGAUAGAUGACAGAAGAAAUAUCCUUCUUUGUUGACAACUGGAUAGCAGAUCCCCAGAAAGAAGCAAUUUCCUCAGCUUCAUAGUAAUUCAAAUUUAUCUCGGUGCAAUGUCAAGGGAUAGGAUAUGAGGUUGAGAAGAAACUUGAACUACUGGGUGCUUGAAAGUAGCAGUCUUUUAAUUCUCUAGAAUAGAGCGAGAUUCUAGGGUGGAAUGCACAAGGAUAGGGAUGUUUACUGUUACGACAUGCAGCCUAGCUCUUACAAAGGGAUGGACAGUACAAUGCAGCAAGGUAGAGGAAGUUCUGGAAAUCUGAAACAUCUUUUGAAAGCGACUUGCUUCUCUUGGAUGGUGUCUCAUCAAGCAUGGUUGUCUCAAGAGAACCUCCAGAAGAGAUAAGUUCUGCUAUGAAAUCGAUGGGAUCUAUUUGGAGGAGAGAUCGGUUGAAUAUAAGCAAUUGGACAAGCUGCGUAAUGUUCUUUUGAAUGUUCCAUUUGUUGGCUUGACAGCAACUGCUACAGAAAAAGUUCGGAGUGACAUUAUGAACUCCUUGCUGAUGAAAGACCAUCAUGUUGCUAUUGGCUCAUUUGAUCGCAAAAAUCUUUUUUACGGAGUCAAAUCUUUUAGUCGUAGUUCUCAAUUUGUUGAUCAGCUGGUGGAGGAGAUCUCUAAAUAUGUAGAUAAUGCAAAUUCAACAAUAGUAUAUUGUACAACUGUCAAAGACACUGAAGAGAUCUUCAAAUCACUUCUUGAGGCAGGAAUCAAAGCUGGUAUCUACCAUGGUCAAGUGGCUAAUAAAGCACGUGAGGAGGCUCAUAGGUCAUUUAUCAGAGAUGAAUUCUAUGUCAUGGUUGCAACUGUUGCUUUUGGCAUGGGUAUAGAUAAACCAAACGUAAGGUAUGUGAUACACUACGGCUGCCCAAAGAGUCUGGAGUCUUACUACCAGGAAAGUGGACGAUGCGGUAGAGAUGGCGUUCCUUCAGCUUGCUGGCUUUACUUCACAAGAAGUGACUUUGCAAAAGCUGAUUUCUACUCUGCAGAAGCUCGUUCAGCAUCUCAAAGAAAAGCUAUUACGGAAGCAUUUUCUGCUGCACAACAUUACUGCAUGCUGUCAACUUGUAGAAGAAAAUAUUUGUUGGAUUACUUUGCAGAUGAGUAUGCCCAUGAUGAUUGUGGAAACUGUGAUAUUUGCACUAGCUCAAUGAAGGAAAAGGACUUGGCAAGAGAAGCAUUUCUUCUUAUGGCUUGUAUUCAGUCAUGUGGAGGCCGUUGGGGCUUGAAUCUACCCAUAGGAAUCCUUCGUGGAUCUCGAUCCAAGAAAAUAGUUGAUGCUCAGUUUGACAAGCUCCCGUUUCAUGGUCUUGGGAAAGACUUAUCUGCAAAUUGGUGGAAGGGACUGGCUUACCAAUUGAUUUCACGUGAUUAUUUGGUAGAAACCUUCAAAGAUAUGUACAAAACUGUGAGUGUCAGUGAAAAAGGAUUGCAGUUUCUGAGAUCUAGUAGCCCUGAUCAUCAACCUCCACUAUUUUUGGCGGAGACUCCUGAAAUGGAUCUUGAUGAGAAAAACAUAGAUAUACCCAGUGAAACGAGCGAGAUCAAUGGUUUGGCUUUUAGGGAAUUUGAAGGAUUUUCAGAAGCUGAAACUCGACUGUACAAAAUACUUAUAGAAGAGAGAAUUAAGCUUGCCAGAGCUACUGGAACUGCUCCAUAUGCAGUCUGUGGCGACCAAACAUUGAAAAGGAUAAGCUUGACAAGGCCUUCUACAAAAGCAAGACUAGCAAAUAUAGAUGGCGUAAACCAGCAUUUCAUAAAACUGUAUGGGGACAAUUUUCUUCUAAGUAUUAAGCAUCUAUCAGAAGCUUGCAAUCUUUCUCUGGAUGGGGAACCAACCAGUCAAACCUCUGUUCCCAGUAAGACUCUCACAGUUCCAAUCAAUAAAAAGUUAACACCAGCAAAAUUUGAAGCAUGGAAGAUGUGGCAUGAGGAUGGUCUCACGUUCAAAGAAAUUGCAAAUUUUCCUAGUAGAGCAGUAGCAAUAAAGGAACAAACUGUGCUAGAUUAUAUACUCGAAGCUGCACGAGAGGGAUGCAAAAUGAAUUGGACUAGGUUUUGUGAGGAGACUGGGCUUACAAGAGAGACAUUCUUAAGUAUCCAGAAUGCUGUCUCAAAAGUUGGUAGGGAAAAAUUGAAGCCGAUAAAAACUGAGUUACCAGAAGAGGUAAAUUAUGGUCAGAUAAAGGCGUACUUGACGAUGCAAGAGGCAGGAGUAUCAGCUGAAGUAUUUUCAUACAAAUCUGAACAAAGUUGCAAUGGAGAUGAAUGUUUGACUGAAAUAUCAGAAGUACUACAGAACUCUAUUAUUCAAUCUGACAUGCAAGGAGAUGAUGACAUAGGUGAAGCACCUGGCAUCACUUGUGCUUCUUCUCCUGGGGAGACUGAAGGAGCAGAAUCUCAUCUCCUGACUGAGAGUAGGAAAGAAGCUGCAUCCAGUGAAGGUGAUUUUCUCAUUCAUACAAAACGACAGAAGGUCGAAGCAGCAGAAAAAGAAAGUUUUAGGGCUCUGGAUGCCACGGAAGAAUCCAUAUUGAGCUGGCUCAAGAACUCUGAUGAUGGGGUUACCCUUUCUGAUCUUUUGGAGCACUUCAAUGGGUCGACCGAGAAAUCUUUAGUGAAUCUUCUUUGUUGUCUUGAAGGUGAGUUUCUGAUAUAUAGGAAGAACAAUGUAUACAAGCUUUUGUAAACUUUCCAUGUAAUUAGACAUUAGUGGGUCCAGUCCAUAUCUAAUUCUCUGGUAUUUGCUACCCAUUGGCCAUUUCUACUCUGAUAUAUGAUCCUCAGAAAAGCUUGAGUUUGUUAAAUUGGGAAAUGGUUUCUCUAUCACCUAGUUAAUUGGCUGGAUGAUUAAAUUCACUAGCAUAGCCAGCCUGCUAACUAGUUAUCUAGUGCAGACACGUGAUUGUUACAAGUUACAUCAAUCUCCAUUUUACUUGUGAUUAAAUUAAAACCUUAAUCAUUACAAACUCGUUUGUUCUAUUGGAAUGUGUAAAUACUGAAUUGAUGCUCUUCAUCUCAAA